GUGUGCGGUUCGGCCGUGUGUCUGGUGUAUUUAAUUUUCCUUUCGAAAACUUACGUUUCUGUGUGUUAUAAUGAAUAACAUUAUGUUGAAUGAUAUUUGCAGUAAAAUAACUACAGACAAUAAAUAAUUAUGUGCUUAGAACUGAGGCAAUAAAGUAUGAAUUUAUAUUUCGUUGUUUGACUUCGGUUAGAACUGAGUGGCAAAACAAAUGAAGAAUUAAGUUCCUGGAUCAGAAAAUAGAUAAAUUUAACGACACUCGUUUAGCUGAUGCCGACGACAAUAAACUAAAGUAUCGCAAACGAUACAUUCUGCGAUAUCGAAUCAAUUGAACAAGACAAGACUGAUUUUAAGUAGUUUACGCACAUUCCACAAAUAAUGUUAUAUUAAGAAAACACAAAGAUGUUCAAGUUACUUGGGGGCUUGAGCGUUUACUUCAAGUACCAGCAGAUAAAAACAGAUAAUGCUGUGUUCAGACUGCACAACGUUUUCACAACAGUGUUACUUCUCACGUGUUCGGUGAUCAUCACCGCGACUCAGUAUGUCGGCCAGCCCAUACAAUGUAUUGUCGGUGGGGGGUUGCCAGCUAAUGUUGUUAACACAUUCUGCUGGAUCACCUCCACGUUUACGAUGCCGGAUGCCUUUGCGAGAGAGAUGGGCAAAGAGGUAGCGCAUCCGGGCGUUAUGAACGAGUACGACAGCAAUCAGGAGAAGAAGUACUAUACGUACUACCAGUGGGUGUGCUUCGUGCUGUUUUUCCAGGCAAUCAUGUGCUACACACCCAAAUACCUGUGGGACGCGUUCGAAGGCGGCCUCCUUCGCACGAUAGUCAUGGGGCUCAACGUUGGCAUCUGCCACUUCGAAGAGAAAGAGAAGAAGAAAGACGUAAUCAUCGGCUACCUCCUCAGGCAUGAAAGGACGCACAAACUGUACGCGCUAAGGUAUUGGGGCUGUGAGCUGCUGUGUCUUAUCAACAUCGUCCUCCAGCUGUGGAUGAUGGACUCCUUCUUCAACGGCGAGUUCUUCACCUACGGCACUAGAGUGCUGGGGUACAGCGAGGUUCCGCAAGAAGAAAGAUACGAUCCCAUGAUCUACGUGUUCCCGCGCGUCACGAAAUGCACGUUCCACAAGUACGGAGCGUCCGGCACCAUACAGACGCACGACUCCCUCUGCAUUCUGCCACUCAACAUCGUCAACGAGAAGACGUACAUCUUCCUCUGGUUCUGGUACAUCAUACUCGCGUUCAUCUUAGUGCUUCUCGUCCUUUACAGACUGAUAAUAAUCUUCGUCCCAUCCGUCCGGCCGCGCCUCUUGCACGCGCGGUCUCGCACCAUUGCCAUGGAAACCGCCGUGAUUAUAUCCCAGCGCACCGACGUCGGCGACUGGUGGCUGCUGUACAUGCUCGCAAGAAACAUGGACCCGCUCAUAUACAGUGAGCUGAUCUCAGAGCUCAUAAAGCGUAUGGGUGAGAAGAGCGGGCCACGGGCGUGACGAGCGGUCAAAGCGGAGGCGCGGAUCGCCAUCGUGGGCGACUGACCGCGGCCUUACUCCCACAAGCAUGUAAAUAGUGUAAUUUGUCGCCGCGGACGUGCUGCGACAUGUCUUGUUAUAUUGAAUUUUGGAUACAAGGUGUACCUUUGCAUACGUCCAUUGUACAAAAUAAACUAUCAGCAAGAAAUGAAAAUAAUCGAUACGGUGCAAUCCGAUGCUGAAUCUUCACAUAUUUAUGACAGAGUUUUUCAUUGUCACUUAGUAUGAGUUCUGCAUGCUCGCGAAUAUAGAAACGUCAAAAUAAAAUGGGAUUUUGAAUCGAACGUUUAUGGAAGCGAAAAGUACAGUAGUCCGUAACAAAUCGCAGUUUUAUACUGGAUACGUAAAAAACUUAAUUCUUUUUAGAUCCUUUUUAAAACAAUAUAUUUCCAGCCACAGUCUUGAUUAGCGUUUGGUAAUAGAAAGCUGAAGAGUUGGUUCUUUUGUUUGAUACUUGAAUGCUUUAAUCUCUAAAAAAUUUUAAACUAACUAAAAGUUUAAAAAAUGCGUUUGAUUGCCUAAUUCUGAGGGAGAUAUUUAACUAUGCAUUCAGAGCCGAGAAAAUAUAUUAAUAUUUGAGGGUGGGUGAUGGUAUACUGGGCCAGGGUAUACUGUGUUGAUCUAUGGGAAUAAAUUUAUUUAUUAGAAGUUGUACUCGGACGAAGUUUGUGAUGUGAGUUAACAACUCCAUUCAAAUUUGUCAGAUUAGCAGAACUUUUUGCAACUUGACAAAUCGCAGUGCUCUGUUUCGGGUUGCAUCCUAGAGAAGGCUAUUUCUUGGAAAGCGAGCUUUGGACUUGUGCAUUGACUUGUGGUUGACAGCAACGUUUUGUAUUUUAUGUAUAUUGUGACUUUGACUACAGUUUAGCUGUGUAGCGCAUAACAUUUUAUGAAAGGUGGUAUUUUUAAACCAUGACACUAACUGUAAGUGUAGGAAAAAAGUGUGUGUUUGUUACGUCGGUAUGACCCAUAUUACGUUUUUCCACAUACCAUUUAUGGAACGAACUGAUGGCUUUCGAGAGUUUGGAAAACUUUUUGUACUAGUUUUUAUUUCACAAUAAUUUGUCUAAGAAUUGUAGAUUAAUAAACCAACUCGACGUCGAAUUGCGUUUUCGAAGCUAGCGAAAAAACGUACUAGGGGUUAUGCAACAAUAUGCAUCGGAACAAUAAAGCAAUGCUAAGAAUUAGCUUCAUCAAUUUUCUUAAGUGCUUACUUCUUUGGUCGAUAGGAAACACAUUCGAGUUUUUUAUAAAGCAUGCCAAGAGGCAUUUGGGAGGCGAUAAUUUCUACAAUACAUGCCGAUAUACAGGUGAAUUUUAUUGUUUGUAUCCCGGCAUGCAGUGAACGCAACUCGCAUGUGAGAUUUCUCGUAUGCCGUGUACCCAGUGGCGUGCACUUUGUAUAUGCAAGAAAGCACUGCCUGCCUAAAAUCUCUAUACAGGGUUACAUAAAAGAUACCAAAAAGCUCCCGGCCUUCAGUUGGUUACAUUAAAACUAACUACUUUUGUUCUACAACUUUUUUUUUAAAGUCCAUGUUUUGUGAAAUAUUCAAUCUUUUACAAAGUUACUCUACUUGUUACUACUCUGAAAUGUAACAAAAGCAGAAGAGCGCACGACUCUAUGGUGCGUGCUCGCAGCGAUUAUAUUUUUUUUUUCGGUAUGAAAUUAAUUAAUUCUCAAUUUUCAAAAGUCGUUGAACAAAAGUUGUUAGUUUUAAUUAAAAGAAGUAAAAGGCCGAGAGCUUUCUGGU